CCAUUGGCCCAAGGUGUCCAUGUAAAUAGGUGUAAAUGAAACCAGAUUAUGCCUUUCUCCCAGCCCCCUCCUCCCCGUUCCCCUCCCCCUGCUCCCAAGGCGAUUGUCAGAUGAUAGCAAAGAAGUGGCACAUUAAUGAAGCGCCUCUACAGGGGUCUUUUCUGCUCAUGUCACCACAUAAAACUAUCAGAUGGUUAGAGGAAGGACAUGGAGGCAACUACUUAGCUCACUGCGGCUGCAGAGAAGCGAACGAGCCUCUGCUACAGCCCAGCUGCCGGUGGUGUAAAAGAAGCCCGCAAAGGAGAAGGGAGGGUGUACAGGAGGACUCCCAACCCCGAGCCAGCUCGCUGUCUCCUCAGGACUAAACCGGAGCAGAGCGGCCGGGGAAGGAGAAGGAGACACGCCGAAGGAGCGGGGCGGGAAAGAGCCCGGACUCCGGCUGCGUCCCGGAUGCGGACUGUCAACUUCGAGCAACUUUAAGAUAUCCGCGGGUCCCCCACCGAAGAUGCCUCGCCCGGGCAGAAACACUUACAGCGACCAGAAGCCUCCCUACUCCUACAUCUCGCUGACCGCCAUGGCGAUCCAGAGCUCCCCGGAGAAGAUGCUGCCCCUGAGCGAGAUCUACAAGUUCAUCAUGGACCGCUUCCCCUACUACCGGGAGAACACGCAGCGCUGGCAGAACUCCCUCCGCCACAACCUCUCCUUCAACGACUGCUUCAUCAAGAUCCCGCGCCGCCCCGACCAGCCGGGCAAGGGCAGCUUCUGGGCGCUGCAUCCCAGCUGCGGGGACAUGUUCGAGAACGGCAGCUUCCUGCGCCGCCGCAAGCGCUUCAAGGUGCUGCGCUCGGAGCAGCUGGCGCCCAGCAAGCCGUCGGAUGCGGCGCAGUACCUGCAGCAGCAGGCCAAACUGCGCCUCAGCGCCCUGGCCGCCUCCGGCACCCACCUGCCCCAGAUGCCCACCUACAACCUCGGCGUGUCCCAGACCUCCAGCUUCAAGCACCCCUUCGCCAUCGAGAACAUCAUCGCCAGAGAAUACAAGAUGCCCGGGGGGCUCGCCUUUUCCACCAUGCAGCCCAUGCCGGCAGCCUACCCCCUUCCCAACCAGUUGACUACGGUGGGCAGCUCCAUCGGUACGGGCUGGCCCCACAUGUACAGCUCCGGCAUGAUCGACACCGCCACCCCCAUCUCCAUGGCCAGCGGCGAGUACGGCGCCUACGGCGUCCCCCUCAAGCCGCUCUGCCACGGUGGGCAGACGCUGCCGGCCAUCCCCGUCCCCAUCAAGCCUGCCCCGGCCGCGGUGCCGGCCCUGCCUGCCCUGCCCGCGCCCAUCCCCACCAUCCUCUCGAACUCGCCGCCCUCCCUCAGCCCCACGUCCUCGCAGACGGCCACCAGCCAGAGCAGCCCGGCCACCCCCAGCGAGACUCUCACCAGCCCGACGCCCGCGCUGCACUCCGUGGCCGUGCACUGACCCGGGCCGAUCUCACGGACUCCGCCGCCCCUUCUCCCGGAGUUUCCUCGGAUCUCUCCUCCCUCCCCUUCUCCCGCUUCUCUUCCCCUCGAGCUCAGGCAGCUCUCGCGGGCAGCUGAGGUGUUGCCGCUCGCCCGAGCUGCCCUCUCCACCUCGCCCCCGGCCGUGCCCUCUUUAGAGGCUCGGCUCCUUUCCCGGCCCUGAACUUUGGUUUCUGCUCUACUGGGGCAAAACGCACCGGCCCGGCCCCACUCCCCGCCGGUAGGAACUGCCACGGGCACCACUGGUUUUCCCAAAGUACUUCAGGCAUCUCCUGUUUGCCUGGACCGGGCGAACCCGGCCCGGCGCUGCCUCCUGGCCUUCCUUUGUCUGGCAAGAGCGGGGCUUACGGAGGACCGAGCUUUAGACGCACCAACAGCAUGGAACGGCUGCAGUCUCACUGCAGGAGAGCGGCGACGUUUCCAGUCUCCGAGCAGCAAACGCUUGGGUCGUGGAAAAGCCGGGAAGUGCCCGGGGCCUUUGUGCGUUGGGGGGCCGGCUGGGCGGGAGCGCCGAGGGGGGGCUGAGGGGCCGCAGGGAACGGGCCCAGAUGGGGAUCCCGGCGGUAGGUCCCCCCGGCUGCGGCGGGGCGCCCGUUCACCCGCUCCGUGCCCGUUUUGUUUACAAAGCACCUCUUCGAAUGUAAAUACUGAACUUGCAGCUGUCCUGCAAACCGACGAGGCCCCUUCGCAGUACCUGUUGUAAUGCGGAGGUUUACGGUAGUCGUCAGAUGGAAGAGAAAGAGAAGUUGCUUUGUCUGUGCACUUCCGGUUAACGGGAAGGUUUGG